AUGCGUGUCGCUAUACGUCGCCGACGACCUUCGGCGCUUCGUCGCCGCGCGGCUCCAAUAUCGAGCGAAUACUCGCGGGAUCCUUAUCUGCGGCUGCGACUUUUGUCGGACCGACAGCAGCAGCAGCAGCAGCAGCAGCAACAGCAGCGUAGCGUAGCUACGUGCGAUCGUAGUACAGAGUACAGGUGCGCGCACCCCGAGGUGCACGAGAGUUGUAUUUUUUCGAGAGUUGAGAACGCUGCCGUAUUUCGAGAUGUCACAGUAAAACUAUACGUUUGGACGGCUGUACUCGUAUCAAAAGUCGUAUCUCCAUCAUCGCGCCUUGCGUCACUACGGUCAUGGAUCAGGUCCACCAUUGAUGCGCAUGCGUUGUCGAUGAUGUCACCGUCAUUCGUAUUGCGUUCUCCACGUUUGUCUGUGUAUAUUCCAUUGUAUUUCUCAUUGACGCAGGACCGCUAAACAUACAUAUUCCCUCGGGGCGUACUAUGUAUCGUAGUAACGUGCAUUAAUUUCAAUGCAUAUUAUGUCUGUGCUUAUCUCCGGUUUCUGCCGGUUUUUAUGUUUAUUUUUAACUUUAUGCGUUGGAUUUCUGCGUAGUCAACAAGAUGUAUUUGCUUUCUAUUUUAACGAUCUCACACUGCUUGCGCAUAACAUUCACGAAUUGUUUAUGAUAUUUUACAUCUUCCAUAAGGAUUUGCUUCCUUUGUUUGAUAACUUUGUAUUCGUAAAAUUCCAUUCGCAGAUGUUCAAAUUCAGAACAGCACAACAAAAAAUACAUGCUAAAUUAAAAUAAUAUUAAACAAAAUCUUAUUUGCAAAGAUAAAUAGUAGUCGACACUGCAUGAAUUACAUUACAGUGUGCACGCGUCGAAAUCGCUAAAAGAUAUCAAUGAUAUCAAGAUUUUUACAUAUACGCGCGCACGCGUACACACAUGUACACAUACAAAUAUUUACAGAUAAUAUAUUCACACAGAUAUAAGUAAAAAGUGUCAAGAGACACGUACGCACAAUAAAGUUUACAUAUAUAUAUAUAUAUAUAUAUAAUGUUUAUAUAUAAAAAAUACGUAUAUUUUAUAAAUAUAGUAUUAAUCAAAAGGCUUAUUAUUGUGGUCUUAUAAAAUAUAACAGAAGUAAUAAAUGAAAAAAAGAAUUGCUUGCAACAAGAAGAAUCUGUGAUAAGUUAAACUUCGGUUGUACAUUAAUAAAUAAAAACGGCUAACCACUUGA